AAAAAGUAAGAAAAGAUAAAAAUGGCUCGAGUCUCUUCUCUUCUUUCUUUCUCCUUAACACUUUUGAUCUUUUUCGAUGGCUACGCGGCUCAACAGGGUCAGGAGGGUCAGCAGUUUCCAAACGAGUGCCAGCUCGACCAGCUCAAUGCGCUCGAGCCGUCACACGUACUGAAGAGCGAGGCUGGUCGCAUCGAGGUGUGGGACCACCACGCUCCUCAGCUCCGUUGCUCAGGCGUCUCCUUUGCACGAUACAUCAUCGAGUCUAAGGGUCUCUACUUGCCCUCUUUCUUCAACACCGCCAAGCUCUCUUUCGUGGCUAAAGGUCGAGGUCUUAUGGGAAAAGUGAUCCCUGGAUGCGCCGAGACAUUCCAAGACUCAUCAGAGUUCCAACCACGCGGAGGCGAGCAGUUCGAGGGUCAGGGUGAAGAAGGUCAAGGUCAAGGUGAAAGGCAAAGGUUCCGUGACAUGCACCAGAAAGUGGAGCACAUAAGGAGCGGUGACACCAUUGCCACAACACCCGGUGUAGCACAGUGGUUCUACAACGACGGACAGCAGCCACUUGUCAUCGUUAGCGUCUUCGAUCUAGCCAGUCACCAGAACCAGCUUGACCGCAACCCAAGGCCAUUUUACUUAGCCGGAAACAACCCACAAGGCCAAGUAUGGCUACAAGGACGAGAGCAACAGCCACAAAAGAACAUUUUCAAUGGAUUCGGACCCGAGGUUAUUGCUCAAGCUUUGAAGAUCGAUCUUAAGACAGCGCAACAACUUCAGAACCAAGAAGACAACCGUGGAAACAUUGUCCGAGUCGAAGGCCCUUUCGGUGUCAUUAGGCCACCUUUGAGGGGCCAGAGACCUCAGGAGGAGGAGAAAGAAGAAGGACGACACGGACGACACGGUAAUGGCUUAGAGGAGACCAUCUGCAGCGCCAGGUCCACUGAUAACCUCGAUGACCCGUCUCGUGCUGACGUGUACAAGCCACAGCUUGGUUACAUCAGCACUCUCAACAGUUACGAUCUCCCCAUCCUUCGCUUCAUCCGUCUCUCAGCCCUCCGUGGAUCCAUCCGUCAAAACGCAAUGGUGCUUCCACAGUGGAACGCAAACGCGAACGCUAUUCUUUACGUGACAGACGGGGAAGCCCAAAUCCAGAUCGUAAACGACAACGGUAACAGAGUGUUUGACGGACAAGUCACUCAAGGACAGCUAAUUGCCAUACCACAAGGUUUCUCGGUGGUGAAACGCGCAACAAGUAACCGAUUCCAGUGGGUUGAGUUCAAAACAAACGCAAACGCGCAAAUCAACACUCUUGCUGGACGAACCUCAGUCUUGAGAGGUUUACCAUUGGAGGUCAUAACCAAUGGGUUCCAAAUCUCACCCAAAGAAGCAAGGAGGGUCAAGUUCAACACGCUCGAGACCACUUUGACUCACAGCAGUGGCCCAGCUAGCUACGAAAGGCCAAGGGUGGCUGAAGCUUGAAAGCUUAAAACGGCGGCAUAACAAUGAACCCCUACUGUAAAAGGAAGUUAAAUAGUACGUAGUAAUAAUAAUAAUAAUGUACGAAAAUAUGACUAGUUUUGUUGAGGUUUACCUGUAAAAUGCCACUCCUUUUCUGAAUAAAAAAUAUUUCUUUUAUCAA